AUCGUUUGCAAUUAGUGUUCGUCACUGCAGUCUAAAUUUCGAUUAGGUUAUAUAUUUUUGUACAAGCUACUCUUGACAAGAAAACUGUGUAAGGGGAUUCUACGUAGAAUACUACCCAAUCCUCUAAACUUUGGUAAAUAAAGCCAGGAAUUCGGGAUUUGGAAGCGAAGCGAGAGAGAGAAGAGAAUGGCUAGGAAUUCUAGGGUUUUAUUGCGACAGUUGCUCGGCAAUCGCACGAAACCCUGCGCAGCUCUUAUUCAUCACCAUAACCUUAAGAAUCCUUUUAAUAUAAUUCAAACCCUGACAACUUCAGUCCCAAUCACACCAUCUUCGCCACCACGCCGACCACCGCCGCUGGCAAUUUCUUCCACUUCAAAACCCUUCUGUACCCUUGACUCCAGCCCAAAAAAGGAAAUUAUUAUUGGCUCCACUAGCCGCUGGUCUAUCAACUACAAGGGUUACUCAGGCAUUCCUCUCAUUUUGCUGAACAACCAUUACGAUCAGUAUGUGAGAGCAGUUAAAACAAUUCAAGAUGAAUCUUUGCCGGCAAUUAUAUUAUUCACGACCUAUUAUGAGGCCAUCUCUCAUGUCACUUCUGAUAUGUUUAUGGAAAUGUGUGAGCCAUUUCCACAUGUAACAGCAUAUGAGUUCAUCCUUGAUCCUGAGGAAGACAAGUAUAAAAGCAUACCUGGAAAAUCUUAAUAUUCCCCGUACGCCAACGUUUCAUUUCUAUCAAAACGGGAAAAAGGUAGCUUGAGAUAACCCGUAAGAGCUGGGAGAGUGAUGCUUACGAGAUUUGCUUGAAAAAGACUCCUUGUGGAACUCUACAU